CCAGGGCCGAAAAGCGUCACUUCCGGUGGUGCCAUUUUCUCUCGGAUGUGAGUCGAGUGCGGAUUAAAGGGAGUGGGUGGAGAAAGCCCUUUAAUAGGCGCCUUGGAAUAUACACGGAGCGCAGGAAAGGUGUCCAAACGCAUCGAGAUGGCGGACUUUGAUAGUAACCCCUUUGCCGAUCCUGAGUUUAACAAUCCUUUCAAGGAUCCAUCAGUUACACAAGUGACGAGAAAUCCUCCACCAGCAUUAGAGGAAUACAAUCCUUUCACAGGUGGACGGACGGCACCCCCAGGAAAUGCUGAAAAGCCUCCUAUGCCGAGUACACAACCCGCUAUUAUGAAGCCUACAGAGGAACCACCCACUUAUGCACCUCAUACACAGGAAACUGCAGCAGCCCAGGCUGAGCUGCUGAGACGUCAGGAAGAAUUAGAGCAAAAAGCAGCAGAGCUUGAUCGGCGGGAACGUGAAAUGAAAAAUCUCAGCUAUGAUCCUCGGAAGAACAAUUGGCCUCCCCUUCCUGAACGAUGCCCUGUGGGGCCAUGUUUCUAUCAGGACCUCUCUGUGGAUAUCCCUGUUGAAUUUCAAAAAACGGUCAAGAUGCUCUACUACUUAUGGAUGUUCCAUGCAGUAACACUCCUGGUAAAUAUUAUUGGUUGCCUUGCCUGGUUCUGUGUUGAUAGCUACCGAGGUGUGGACUUUGGCCUUGCCAUUCUCUGGUUCUUGCUUUUUACUCCCUGUUCAUUUAUUUGUUGGUACAGACCACUCUACAAAGCUUUCAGGAGUGACAGUUCCUUCAGCUUCUUUCUAUUCUUCUUCGUAUUUAUCUGUCAGUUUGCUGUCCAUGUAUUGCAAUCAGUAGGAAUUCCACAGUGGGGAAACUGUGGCUGGAUUUCAGCACUUACAGCUCUUAAUAGGAGUAUUCCUGUUGGAGUUCUGAUGAUGAUUGUUGCAGCAGCUUUUACUGGUUCAGCCGUUGUCUCACUAAUUAUGUUUAAAAAGGUACAUGGAAUGUAUCGUACUACAGGAGCUAGCUUUGAGAAAGCUCAGCAAGAGUUUGCGACAGGAGUCAUGUCAAACAAAACUGUACAGACAGCUGCAGCAAAUGCAGCGUCUACUGCAGCUCGUGGUGCUUUCAAAGGCAACCAAAUUUAAGGAAGAAGGAAAACAUCCCCAUCUCGAACAUCUACCAUCUAAUCCAUGUCCCACUCCAGUCAUUACAUACACACAGAUGUCUAUGAACAUGAUCUCACCAUAGCUGCAGCAUGACCCUUUAUAUAAAAAAAAGCUCCAUGUAGCCCUUGAAUUAGGUUUAUGCAUGGGCUAAAAACUUACAAACAAUAGUACUCUUGCUUGAUGAAGAUCUUGUGUUUGAAUUGCUUUUUGUUUUUCAUAACAGUUUUGGAUUAUCAUACUGCCCUUUCUGUUAAGUUUUCAGUUUGCAAUUUGCAUGUUGUCAUUGUUUCUUUAAUAUUGUACACUAGUUACCGGAGAAUCUUAUGUCUUCUGUGCUACACUGGACUGCUGACUGAUUUGCACGCAACUUAGCGAUCUUGAAGCAUUGUCUGUACUGCCAAGAGUACAUUGGAUUGGAAAUGUUUUCUGUAAAACAUUUGUAACUGCCUUCAUAACAAACACUGAUGAGUUAAUGUCAAAGUAACUUAGUUGUCCUUAAUUAUUUGCAAUUUUUUCAUAGUUCUCUUACAUUAACUGAAAAUGAAUGGCAUUACCCUUGUAAUUUUUAGUGGUAUAAUCAAUGUUGACGUACUGUUUGUGUGUCCGCAAUGAUUGAGAAGCCUCAUUUGUUCAAGUAUGAACUGGGGUACACUAACUGUAAUGCCGAGUACAGAUGGCAGGAACUGUUUGGAGUCUUUUGAAAUUGAACUGCAAUAAUGUAUGUUGUGCCUUCCUUCUAAUUGUAUAAAUUUGAGUAUAGCUGAAAAUGUGUUGCUGGAAAAGCGCAGCAGGUCAGGCAGCAUCCAAGGAACAGGAGGAUCGACGUUUUGGGCAUAAGCCCUUCAAAUUUGAGUAUAAACAAAUUCCACCUAUCAUAGACAAACAGUUCUUGAGAAGCACACAUCCUCAAAGUGCAAACAUUAGAGUGUGUCCAUUUUGACUGAAAUUGAUAUUUUUAAAAAUCUGGUUAUCGCCACACUGACUUCUAUAGUAGCAUCUCAGAUAAUCAGUGGAAAAUGCAGUUUUUUGGGAUCAUGAAUUCAUUUCCAAGCAUGUUCAAAUUAUUUUUGUUUUGAAGUGAAAUUAGAUUUCUGAAUGAUCUAGUAACAGAAUUGAGUAAAGAAUUGUUGGAUUUACUUUUUUUUUAAUGACUAAGGUCAAUGAGUAAAAUAACUGUACAGCUACUAAAUCUUUCAGAAGGUUGGUCAUUGAUCUUCUAUUCUGUGAUGGGAGUUAUGCUUGUUGUUUCACAGUCCUGUCCAAGAAGUGGUACAACUACAUUUUAGUUUUAUAGUCAUUCCGUAUCUCUGCUCCCUCCCUGACAGUGCAAUUUAAAAGAAAACAAGACCAUGAUAUUCCUGAACAAAAGUUCUUGCUGCUUCUUUGAUAGGCCUGAAUAAAGAAUUGGUUUUAAUUUUGUAAAUGAUUCUUGUUAGCAUACAACCUCAUAUGGUAAACAUACAACUUGAAGGGAAUUGUAUAAUGCUAUUUCCUAUAUACAUAGUUCUCCAGCACUUCUUGAAUCUAAAUGUGCUUAUCAACUGCAGAUGUUUUCAAAAGAAGGUUUCAAAUUUAAUUAAAUCCUUAUUGCACUAUAGUUUGUGUGCGGAUCAUAAACACAAAUUGUUUGGGACUGUUUUCUGUAAUGAAGGUGGUUAUUGCGGAAAGGAAUACUUGCUCGGUGUGCAUAUAUAUUGGAGAUUUCAGUACAGUGCUGAACUGGUCUAACUUGAUUCCUUUUCAUGCAUUUUUUUGUUUCCUUUUCAAGUCUUAUUCAGGUGUGUGUGUGUGUGUAUCCACGUGUUUGCUUGACUUACACUAACCACUGAUGGUGCACCAAGUUAGUCAGGAGAUACACUUUUGAAAUUUGUUUUUCCUGUUUGUACAUGCAUUAAAUGUUUCUAUAUACUUGUAUAAAUGUGCUGUGUUUAGGAGGCAAUGUGUCCAGAACUUUUUUAUUUUGAAGGCAGUUAUAAUGUUUUGCUGAAGUUCUAGGCAUGAUGUAUUUGGAUGUUGGAAUGAACGUUGUCUGAAAUGCAGGACUUAAAUUGAUUUGAAAUUAGUACGUUGAUGUUUCUAAGUUGUGUAAAUGGACAGACACCCAUAAAAUUGCCACUGCUGUUCCUUACCUAUAAGUAAUACUGGUUGGGAGAAAGCUGUAGAUUUUUAACUUGUGACAAUUUAUGCAGCUGAAAUCCACAAUAGAACUUCACUCCUGGAACUGUCCAUUUUCCUGGAAUUACCAGGACAUGAUCAGAUAUCUGAUUUAAUAGUAAAUGGGCCAAGAUCACUUGGGUAGGCAGGCAAAGAUUUCAAUAACGUAAAAUUAAUAUCUCCAAACAUUGAGCAAUUCUGAGUUUGUUCAAUCAUAAUGAAUAAGAUGCAUUUCCUUGCUGGCAUGUUUUGAAUCAACUUUGAAUUAAAAUAUAUUUUUUAAAUAACUAGUGAAUGAAAUCUUGAUUUAUACAUUUGAAAUGCUAGGUAGGAGUUUGUUAAUGGAGUACUGUUCUAACAUUUGUGAUGUGACCAGAUACUGAGGUGAAUCAAAGAGCUUCAAAUGGUAAGUGACAAAUUGUUCUGUUACUUGUACUUCUGUUAAAUAUGGUGGCAAAUAUGUCAAUGUUACAAAAGACCAUGGGGAAACUUCAUUAGUUAAUGUAGUUAGCAAUGUUGCUGUUUUCUACUUUUAAGAAAAUUAGUUAUGUCUCACAGUUGCGAAGUACUGUGAUUAUAUUUUUAACUACGUUGUGAAAUGGAGUACACUAGUAUUAUGUCAGCAGAAACGGCAAUUUUUACAUUGCUUUUUGUUUUAACUUGGAUAUGUAGAACUCUAACUUCAACAGUGAUUCUUUCCUUGAAGUGAAUGGAUAAGAGUAACUUGAGCAAGUCUCGCUUUGUUAUCCCAGUUCAUUGCAAAUGUUUGGGAAGUGUAUGAUAAAUGCAGAUGAGGACUUUUUUUUUAUUUAGAAAAGAUUUCAAUGAUGUAAAAAUGCUGGUGUACUUAUUCUUGGGGUUUCUGCAGUGAUGAAUACAUCUGUGUUGAAGGAUGUUUAUUAGCCAGUGAAUUAUGUAAAUGUCCUAUGAAGUUUGCAGCCAGAUGACUUUCUAAACUUCAAAUAUUGCAUUUUAAUUUUUAGGUGUUGAUUGUUCUGCCUGUUUUUAUUUGUAGCUUUUGAUUUUUUUUUGAACUGUAAAAAGUAAGAAACUUGAUUGUUCUCAAUUCAUAAUUUAACAUUUCUAUUUUUAAAGGCUUCAAGUUUUUGUAAAGAAAAAUAUGGUUUUGAUUGAAACAAGUUAGUGUAAAGAGGUGAAAUGGUGGAAUAUAACAACAAGUAAAACUUUCUGCAUGCUGUGUAAAAGGAGAAACUAAACUCUAGUGGAGGGAAGUUUACUUGAAUUUGCAGUAGGUCCACAUUAUUAACUACAUGGGGCCUAUUUGUGUAAGUGAUUACAUGUAAAAUAUCAUUGAGCUUAACAGACGAGAAAGAUUCUAGGAUUUAUCCGAGAUCCAAGAGUUAAAGCAUCCAGAUAGAAUCUUCUGUUGCUGAGUAGUAAUGAAGAAAAUAACAGUCAGAGAUACUUUGAGAAAGUGCACUUGUGAAAUCCAGUGAAACAUCAGGCUUAAUUUUGUUUUAAUCUUACUAAUACCACCUAAGUAAACAGGAUGAGUAAUCAUCUGUGCAGGUUAGAGUUCCCAUGAAGCACCACUUUGGCAUGACUGAGUUUUUCCAGGAGAGACUAUGAUGUGAAAUCAAAAUGCAAAGCAGAAACUUGAGCACUGGUAUUCUGAUUCAAACUUAGCAUUUAUAAUUAACAGGUUUCUUAGUGAAAUAGAAUAAAGUUCAGAAACAUUGUGUUGAACAGCAAUUUCUACUUAUAUCCUUUUAGGUUAUGGUAGAUAUUGUUUAAUGCUGUUGAACAGUGUUCUAGCUUUAUACAGUUUUAUAUUGUAAUUCUUCUAUUAGCUGUUUUAAUUGAUCAUUCCUAAAUUGAUUUUUAUCUCAACAGGAGUACCAUAUGGUUAAAAGGAAACGUUUUUAGAAUAAGUCAAAUGAUGAAAAACCUGCUGAGACUAACAUUUUAUUCCCAAAUCUUAGCUGAAAUUGCAUUUCUGAAUGAAGCAUUUUAAAAUAUACACAUUUACCAGAGAAAUUAUUUGCAUCCCACAAUCAGCAGAACAUCCAAAUGUAGGGUAUUUAAGUUUUUUUUUCCAGUUCAUUUUAAAUGUAAUAUCUGGCCAGAGUUUGAUUUUCUGUCCCCAUAUCUUGUAUGCUACCCAAUUAAUGUCCCAUUACAGUUCUUUUGAGUAUAAUAUUUCUGUUUCUUCACAGGUUGAGCAAUAUUCCAGUUCUUCAUGUGAGGAAAUUGUAAUAUGUACUGGCAUUUGGAGUUGGCGGGGAAUCAGUGCUCACUGCUGACCUCUCCUGGCAGUUUAGAUCUAGUGCCAAGUGGAGAUCUUCAGGUACCUAGCAAGAGGCUGAUCACAUUAGUGUUCUCACUGACAAAAUAAGUUGGGAAGUUUAAAUGCACCACAUCCCAUCACUAUUAAUUUGAAUUUUAGGUAGCAAUAUAAAAUAUUGUUUAUGAUACCGGCUUCUGUCUUAAUCCAAACUCCAUGUGGAGAAAUUUGACAUUCCAAAAACACCUUUUCUGAGGCAGUGAGUAUUUGGCAUUAAUUAUGAAUUUUAAUACUGUCUUAAAAAUGAAAUUUAACCCUUUAUUAAGGGAAGCCUGUGGCAUUGUGAUAUUAUUACGGGAGUAAUAAACCAGAACUCCAGUGUUGUAUUCCAGAAACCAUGGGUUUGAAUUCCACCGUAGUGAAAUUUGAAUUCAAUAAAAAACUGGCCUAAUGGUGACUAUGUAAUAACUGUCAACUCUCAUUGACAUCAUCCAGUUUAUUCAUGUCCCUUACGGAAGAUAAUCCUUACUUGCUCUGGACACCUGUGACCCCAGAUUCAGUUGGCACCUAACUACUCUCUGGGCAAUUAGGGAUGGGCAAUAAAUGCCAACCUAGCUAUCAAUGCCCAAGUCUGACCAGUUUAAUUUUUAAAUAAAAGAUCAAGGUUUCAUUUUCAUUUUGUGGGUUCUGAUCAAAAGUAAUAGUAUAAAAGCAUAAGUUUUAAUCAGGAACCACAACAAUGCAUCUUCUGGAGUAGCACAAAAUCAUUGGCAAUAUCUUCGAGAUUUGCACAUUUAACUUGUGCACAGACACAAGAAAUAGUUCAUUUCUGCAGAGUUAUGAGAAUUUUGCCAAUAUUGCCACCAUAAACCCUAGGCUGAGAUAAGAAAGUUCAUCUAACAGUACAAUAUUCUAAAUUACCCACUUUUUUUAAAAAGAGAACUUCCCAACCUUUUAAGCCUUUUAUUCUUAGAUGCAUCACUGCCAACCUGAUUUGUCUUUCAAUGUAGCAAAAAGGACUUUCCUGCUAAAUUGGCAACUGGAUUGCCUUGAAACAUAUUCACUUUUGGAUUCCAACCUUGUUGCUUUUUUUUUAAAUUUAAAAGGCCUAACAUCAUAGCUUAUGUUCUGAAAUAAUGAAAGAGGAAAUUUCCAAAAUAACGAGUACGGUUUUUUUACAAAGAAAACUUUGAAAAUUUAGUACUGAUAUACCAAUAAUCUACUUGGGUUGUUUCAGGAUUAAAAACACAAGUAGUAGCAUUAAAGAGUAAUUUUAGUGAGACAGUUUCAAUUAAUACAUUUUGCAUUGUGAAACACGUAUGCUCUAAUUGGAUAGAAUAUGUAAAGAUGAAUUUCAAACAGUUGCUUUAGUCUUCAGAGUGUAUAGUUUCACCUGAUUUGAGCUAACUGAUGGUAGCCUUUCAACUUGUAUUAAACCAUAUUAGCAUUAGUAGAAUUUGUUUUCUUAACAACAAAACUUACUCAACACAAGACAAUGCAAGACCGUCUGUCACACUCAGCUAUGCAUUCUCACUCUGUUUCAUCUGAAAGCCAAUGAAAGGUUUUGUUCUUGUACUAAGUAUUUAAUUCAAACUCUACUUGAAGAUGUGGAUUUCCAUGUUUGCCUUGCAUUUGAUAGCUCUGAUUUAUUAAGAUCUGAUAUUUAUUUGUAUAUUUUGUAAAUUGCAUUCUGCCAUUGUUUUGAGUUGCAGUAUAAUGUACAAAUGGUCUCAUCAUCGUACAAUAAAAAAAUUACAACCCCA